GCGCCGAUAGAAGAAAACGCAAUUAUUUCCUUAGUGUAGUUUAUUAAACAAAUGUUGCAGUAAACAAUAUAUAGAUUGUUAAACAAUCUAUUAUACGCAUCUCAUGUAUUUUGAGUACUACUUCUCUUGGCCAAACAUAAAAAUAUAUUUACAAAAUUCUUUUUAUUACAUUUUACCCCGACUGCACAACCAUCCGCUCGGUGUGUGUUUCUUUUAGCAAAUUGUGCGGUGGUGGGGACUGUGAAGCAUGUAUACGUGCCUAUAUUCAAUAAAUGCGAUUUUCACAACGUCUGUCGUUCGUCGAUGGCAUUUACAAAAUUACUUUAAAGAUUUUCUUUAAAAUAUGAGUAGAUAAGUUAGUUGCAUACGGUUUGUGAGCGAAGCGAGAGCUUCAUACGGAACGCGCAGAACUUUGUUGUAAUAUAGCCCCAAAGUGCUUUUUUAUAUUCGUUCGAAUCAACCAACCAACACGAACACACAUUUGUACAUGCGGUUCAACACCUAGUGGGCCAAGAGGCAGACCCCAACACUAAAGUGAAUAAAAAUGUACCUUAAGGGAAACUAUUUUGGUCACGUCUAUGCUAAUGAAUAAAAAAUUAAGAAAAGCAACAUAAAAAAUCAGAGAGAAAAAAUAAUUUUUUUCACACCACGUGCAUAUAAAGUGGAAAUGAGAAAUGAGAUUUCGCCGAUAUAAAGGAUGGGCUCGUGUAUAAACCUAAAUCUAAAAAAAUACGUACUUAAAACCGCCCUUACUAAUCACAGCGCCUCAUCUCAUCGGACGGGACAUAGUGUCGCCGUUUUAGUGUGUGAAUGAAUGUCCCCUCCAAUCCCAGUCCCAGCGAGAUAAGGUGUCGGAGUUCGUCAGCAUGGAAUAAAAACAGUUUUACUAUACGCUAGCUUAAAUUGACAGCAACACCAGCAGCUAAUUUUUGCUUGGUAUUAGUACAUGUACUAUGUAUUGUAUACUCCGCAUGUAAACAAGACUGCAAACAAGGGCCCAUAGGAGUCUUCUGUAUACAGAGAGACAUUUCAAAAGAGUGUGGGAGAGAGAGAAAAAGAGAGAAAGUGCACGUUGAAUGAGUGUAAGAUUUUAAAAUUUGCAUUACUGACUAUAAAAGAGAGUGGCAGGCAUUCAAUGUCAAUUGUUGUCUGGCCUUUUUGCCACUAUCUCCACCACAACCGUGAAUAGUAUUUCUUUGUUGCUCUUUCGUGCUGCCACCCUCAAACAACUACAUCAUCAUCUCAUCAUCCCAGGAAGAAAAAAAAGUUAACUAUCCCCACCCAAGAUGGGCUACGAUGAGGUUCUUACUCAUCUUGGCGAUUUCGGCAGAUAUCAGAAAGUCAUCUAUUUCCUCAUCUGCUUAACUUCUAUCACCUGUGCCUUUCACAAGUUGGCAGGAGUUUUUCUUCUGGCCAAGCCUGAGUUUCGAUGUGUAUUACCUUUUGAGAAUGCUUCUGAAGUGCAAUAUGGGGACUUGCCCAAAGAUCUAUGGCCCAUGGCAUACCCGAAGGAUAUAUUGGGUGUAAAGUACGAGACAUGUUCCUUUUAUGAUGUGAAUUACACUGAGGACUAUUUGAAUAGCUCCGUCCCAUUUACAACCAAUGGAACUAGGGGAUGUUCCCACUAUGUCUACGAUAAGACGAAAUAUCUAAACAGUGCCGUCACAGAAUGGGAUAUGGUGUGUAAUCGUAAUUUUCUAAGGGCCACCAGUGAUGCCUUGUUUAUGCUGGGAGUGUUGGUGGGCAGCAUUGUAUUUGGCCAAAUGUCCGAUAAAUAUGGUCGUAAGCCCAUUUUCUUCUCCUCUCUGGUCAUACAAGUUAUAUUUGGCGUCUUGGCUGCUGUUGCUCCUGAAUAUCUAACAUAUACCUGUGCCAGAUUUAUAGUGGGAGCCACCACUUCAGGGGUCUUUCUGGUGGCCUAUGUAAUAGCUAUGGAAAUGGUGGGGCCGAGUAUGCGACUUUUUGCCGGCAUAUUUGUGAUGAUGUUCUUCUCGGUGGGCUUCAUGUUGACGGCCGCCUUUGCCUACUUUGUCCAUGAUUGGCGUUGGCUGCAAAUUGCCUUGACCCUUCCCGGUUUGUUGUUCAUGUGUUACUAUUGGAUUAUCCCCGAGUCGGCCAGAUGGUUGUUGUCGAAAAAUCGCAAGGAGGCCGCCAUUGCUAAUAUCCAAAAGGCAGCCCGUUUCAACAAGGUGGAGAUAUCUGCCGAUCUGUUAAAUCAGCUAUUGGACGACAAUUCCAAAGAGGAAAAGAAACCCGCCACAGAUGAGGAGGACCAACAUCAACCCAGCGUUUGGGACCUUCUGCGUUACCCCAACUUGAGAAGGAAGACAUUGCUGAUAUUCUUCGAUUGGUUCGUCAAUAGUGGUACCUACUAUGGCCUCUCCUGGAAUACCAAUAAUCUGGGAUCUAACGUGCUGCUCAAUUUUGUCAUCUCCGGAGCUGUGGAAAUACCUGCUUACACCUUUCUUUUGUUCACUCUAAAUAAAUGGGGCCGCCGUACCAUACUCUGUGGUUGUAUGCUGGUAGCGGGCAUAGCUCUUCUCAUCACCAUUGCUAUACCUUCCGAUAUGAACUGGCUGCUUAUUACCUGCGCCAUGUUGGGCAAGCUGGCUAUAACAUCCUCCUAUGGCACCAUUUAUAUAUUCUCUGCCGAACAGUUCCCCACGGUGGUAAGGAAUGUUGGUCUUGGCGCUGCCUCUAUGGUGGCUCGUAUUGGCGGCAUUCUGGCCCCUUUUUUUAAUAUGCUAGGUGACAUUUGGAAACCAUUGCCCUUGAUAAUAUUCGGAGCCAUGGCUUUUGUUGGCGGUCUGCUCUCUCUGUUGCUGCCCGAGACUCACAACAAGCCAACGCUGGAAACAAUUGCCGACGGUGAAGAAUUUGGCAAAGCCUCAAAAGUCACUCAAUACCUGUUGGAGGAGGGCAAAGAAUUGCAGAAUAUAGAGAAAAGCGAAACUUUACCUUUGAAUGCGACCGCCCCAGCAACGGAAAGCUCAUCAAAUGCUGUGCAGCAACAAAAUGGCCAAAAUAAAUAUUAACUUAAAAUAGACUUUCAUUUAAUCCUAGCUUAAACUUAAAGUUUUAUAUAUUUUAUUUAAAUUUGUAUAUUAGUACUUAAGCGUAUGCUCAUUUGCAUAGAAACAUGAUUUAUUUUUGUUUUAGGUCAACUUUUAAAAAGUAUUUCUUAGAUUAUGUCCAUUUUUUUGUUUAUUGUCUUAACAACUAUUUCUAAGCAAUAACUACCUAACCAAUGGUGGCAAUAAACCGAAUUAUCAUUUACAAUGCACAACCACCUACCACUUAAAGAGGAGAGAAAAA